GUGACAACGAGCAUAGAAAGCACUUCUGCAGAAAUCAGGUCUAGCCUGUGAUCAGAUUAUUUAUCAGAUUUAUCAGAUCAAUGCUAACGUCUAAAUGAAAGGAAAAAAAAAAAAAAAGCUUGAGCCAUUGAAAUAAAGAAAGUGCAUGGUUAUUUUCAACUCAAUCUCAGGUCUUGAGUCACUCAAUUUUUUACAUCACUGGUUACCCGCGGCAAGGGAAAAACCCGAACGCCCGCAAGAGAGCCAGAGAGAUCAUAAGAGGAGAAAAUGAAGCAAACACUAAAAAGAAAAGAAAAUGAAAAGCUCAAGAUUUGAAGCCUGCCAGCUCAAACCCUCCAAGUUCAAGGUCAAGUUCCAGUUCUAGCUGUUGACCCCCAACCAAUUCCUUCCACCAAUGUCCCUUGUCACCCCAUCAUCACCGACGCCAGGCGCCCGGGGCAGGCGCUUUUAAAAUUUCCGUCGCGUAACCUCUCUCUCAUCAAGUGUCAUCGCAACCUAUCGUGCCCUUCCAACCGGUGGGUAUGCAAUGCAGUCCAUCAUUAUUAUUGGCAUCCGAGCCCGCACACCACCCUCUCAAAAGUCACCAGCAACCCACGCGCGUUCGUGCCAGCCUCAGCAUUCCUUCCCCCCAAAACUGUCACAUCAUUUAAACUCAACAAUGACACAUCGGGCAUUGCAGUCCCGCCUCGCGAGCAAGCACAAUGUAAUCCUCCCAAUAAUCCUCGCCAAUGAGGGUUGCAAUUUUGCAACCCCCCCCCAAAAUCGAAAGGAACAGGAGAAGAAAAAGGUUGAGUGUAACUUUUUAACCCCAGAAAACCCCAUAUCAGAAACCUGACCAUUCAAAACACCUUGGGAGAUGAUAAGGGGUCUUCCGCAUCUGUUGCACUAUACUAUUCAAUUUUAACAAGGAAGUUUUGGGGAGGAAAAAAAAAAAAAAAAAAAAAAAAAAAAACACUAA